UUCCGGUUUGUGUUUCCAGUCGGGGUUUGGCAGCGUGUGGGGGAUGGAGGAUCGUGGUGUCUGCGGGCCGAUUGGGACUGGAUUUAAAGAUGUGGCAAUGUCCACCUUGCCAAGUGAGAGGACGCCGCUUUUGCCCCGUCAUCCAUCAGCCAUGGAUGCCAGGGAGGCUCGGAGGCAGACGGCAGCGACGGUGGUGAUCUUGGUGGUGCUGACACUCGAACGCCUUGCCUACUAUGCGCUGGCAACCAACUUCUUUCUCUUCUUGAAUAAGGGGCCUUGGGACGGACAGGCAUGGGACUCCCUGGACGCCAUGAAUGCAGUGUUUAUCCUUGCUGGCGUGUCCUAUGUGUCCGCUCUGCUUGGAGGGUAUAUCUCAGAUGCAAAAUUUGGACGCUUUAAAACUAUGGUAAUGGGAUUCCUGUUGUACAUCAGUGGCUACAUUCUCCUCACCCUGAUGGCUGUGGACAGGCUACCACGCACAGUCUGCUUCAGCGACAAGGGAUGGGGUGACUCAGGUGAUAAUGCCAAUGCUCCAUGCAAAGUUGCAGUAUACAUAUCUGUCACUAUUGUUGGUUUGGGUGUUGGCAUUGUUAAGAGCAACAUUGCACCCUUUGGGGCUGAGCAGCUGAGAACUGCAAAUCCACAAAAAACAAGGUCGUUUUUCAACUGGUUUUACUGGUGCAUCAACUUGGGUAGUUUGGUGGGAGUUGGCGUCAUCACGUACAUUGAGCAAGACAGCCCGGGGAUAUGCACGAAUGGUUUCUUCUGUGGGUACCUCAUUGCCACGGUAUGUCUUGUUGUGGCAUUGAUUUUGUUCAUUGUUCUGCUGCCUUGCUAUCACAUUGUUCCCCCCGAGGGAAGUGUUCUCGGAAACAUCCUCAAGAUCAUCUGGGAGUCGCUGUGUGCUCAGGUCCGGCACUGGAGGUACAGGCAUCGCAACCCCGCAGCAAGCCCCCUUCAGCUGGAACCCAGAUUUCUCGAUCGCGCGAAGAUCCGUUUCGGCGGUUCGUUCCACGAGGCUGCCGUAGAUGACGUUCGCUCGCUCGGGAAGCUCUUGAAUGUUUUCACCGCUCUGAUUCCUUACUGGCUUGUUUACUUCCAG